UGUUCUGCUUUAAAUCACGUGACCCAUUUUCUAUAUUGUCCUCCUGUACCACCAGUAAACACAAAAGGCUGCAAAAUUCAAGUAGUGUCUGUCAGAGAUGUACCUAACUGGACUGGUUUUAACUGGUCGAGUAUAGAGUUGGCAGUCUGAAUUAUCCUUUGGUUGAAGUGAUCUGUAGCUUGGUGUCUAGUUUGUAAGCCUGGUGAAGGUGCAGAGCGCAUUACAGUGAGUAGAAGAGAAGGUUAGCCCCAAGAAACGUUCUUGAAGUUCUCAAAUCACUUGCUGCUAUUUCCAGAUGUGUGUGAAUGUUUGAUGUGGAAUUCAGGACUGAAGUGGAUAAUCUGUUGUAGGAGAGGGGAAGGCUAUAUAUUAUGGGGAAGUUCUUUCUGGAGUUGUGGUCAUAACAAGUAAGGACACAGUCCAGCACCAAGGAAUCUCGUUAACAAUGGAAGGAUCAGUAAAUCUGCAGCUUAGUGCCAAAAGUGUGGGUGUGUUUGAAGCUUUCUAUAACUCUGUCAAGCCUAUUCAAAUUAUUAACAGCACUAUUGAAAUGGUAAAACCUGGGAAACUUCCCAGUGGCAAGACAGAAAUUCCGUUUGAAUUUCCAUUGCAUAUGAAGGGCAACAAAGUUCUUUAUGAGACGUACCAUGGUGUCUUUGUUAAUAUUCAGUAUACCCUACGGUGUGAUAUGCGACGUUCUCUACUGGCAAAAGACCUGACUAAGACUUGUGAAUUCAUUGUCCACUCACUGUCACAGAAAGGGAAACCGAUGCCAAGCCCAGUAGACUUCACAAUUACUCCGGAAACAUUGCAGAAUGUUAAAGAGAGAGCUUCACUUCCAAAAUUUCUCAUCAGAGGUCAUCUCAGUUCUACAAACUGUAUCAUUACACAGCCACUAACAGGGGAGCUAGUCGUGGAGAAUGCAGAUGCUGCAGUCAAAAGUAUAGAGCUGCAGUUAGUACGUGUGGAAACCUGUGGGUGUGCAGAAGGUUAUGCCAGAGAUGCCACAGAGAUACAGAAUAUUCAGAUUGCUGAUGGGGAUGUCUGCAGGGGCCUACCAAUUCCUAUAUACAUGGUGUUUCCCAGGUUGUUCACCUGCCCUACCCUGGAAACAACGAACUUCAAAGUUGAGUUUGAAGUAAACAUUGUUGUCCUUCUGCACGAUGAUCAUCUCAUCACAGAGAACUUCCCACUGAAGCUCUGCAGGAUGUAAAUAGCCAGAGGAGAAUCACCUAUGGAUUUACUGAAAAAGGACAAAAUUCUUCAGAAGCAAAGUGAAAUUUUAUCCAUGUCUUAACUGAAAACACAUCACUUCCUUGUCCCUGCCUUGUGUUUUCAGUCCUCCUUUGCUAACCAUGUGAUAGCCUACAUGGAUGUACCUAUCCAGCCAGCCUUGUUUUGAACCACCAUAUUUUUCCUGAUUUUUCUCAGGCAAAUCCUGAAGGAAGGAUUCUCAGUAUUUCUACAACUUGUAGAAAUAUGUAGUAAGUUUCUCUCCUUACUUCAUUUUGUAAUACUUGUUCUGAAGUCCUUUAAAGACCUGUGAAACCUAGUAUGGCCUAUUAUUAUACAUGGCAUGUAUAUAGACUGGGGGGAGGGAAUGGGACUUGUAAUAUAAAACUGAAGAGUGUCGUUGAAGGUAUAAUAAAUGGUGCUACAACAGUG